UCCUCGGCAGUAAUCGGUUUUCUUCGUCCAAAUAUAUUUGAAUCGGAAAUGUCCGGAAGUUUUCGUUGUCGCCGAUAACGGUUGGUAUGUUCAAAUCUUCGUAUCUACUUCUGGCCUGGAUACUGAACUAAGAAAGGUAUAGGAGAAAGAGGGAAACGAAAAAGGAGAAGAGCAAAGGUGCUUGGCAACGGAAUGACGGUGUUGCAGGAACCUGUCCAGGCUGCUGUUUGGCACGCUUUAAACCACUAUGCCUAUCGUGAUGCAGUUUUCCUGGCUGAAAGACUCUAUGCUGAAGUGCAUUCAGAGGAGGCUCUCUUCCUGUUAGCCACAUGCUACUACCGAUCCGGAAAGGCCUACAAGGCCUACCACCUUCUGAAGGGUCACAGCUGCACCACACCGCAAUGCAAAUACCUCUUGGCCAAGUGCUGUGUAGAGCUCAGCAAACUUGCAGAGGGAGAACAGAUUCUGACUGGAGGAGUCCUGAAUAAACAGAAAAGUCAGGAUGACAUAGUCACAGAGUUCGGAGACUCUGCUUGCUUCACAUUGGCUCUGCUUGGUCAAAUCUACUGCAAAACAGACCGGCUUGCCAAAGGUUCAGAGUGCUAUCAGAAGAGCCUGAGUUUGAAUCCUUUUCUUUGGUCUCCCUUUGAGUCCCUCUGUCAAAUUGGAGAACGACCUGACCCAGAGCAGAUAUUCAAACUGAUGUCCCUGCAAAACUUCAGCAGUGGGAGUGGAGGCGGCGUCAACCAGCCACCAAUCAGCCCUGCCCAUACACCCAGUCACAACCCAGCCCACCGCCCAGUGGACAGCAUCCUCAUGGAGACACCACAGGACACCUUAGAGUUGAACCGCCUCAACCUGGAGUCAUCCAACACCAAGUACUCUACCCUGAGCACAGACUCGUCCAUGUCCUACAUAGACUCUUCGGUGAUCUCGCCCGACUCAGUGCCUCUGGGCACGGGCGGCUCGGUUCUCAGCAAGCAGCCGCAAAACAAGCCCAAGAGCGGCCGCAGUCUGCUGGGAGGCCCCGCUGCCCUCAGCCCCCUCACACCCAGUUUUGGUAUCCUGCCCCUGGAGCCCAGCCCGGGAGAACCCACGUACCUGCAGAGCUAUGGUCACAGCGGCUCAGGAAUGGAGCCACCUCCCGCUGCAGGUCCACCAAAGAAGUCUGUCGCUCGAAUCAGCCAAGUUGGCACAAAGUCAGUGUUUGCACAGAGUGGGAACAGCAGAGAGGUCAUCCCCAUCCCCUUCAACCAGACCCAGACCACUGCCCCACAAACCAGUACCACACCUCAAGUGCUGAGCCCAACCAUCGCUGCACCUCCUAAUGUGCAGCCAAGGAGAAGCUCCAGACUUUUCACCAGUGCCAGUUCUACUGCCAAGGAGAACAGCAAGAAACUAAAAAUGAAGUUCCCCACAAAGAUCCCCAACCGAAAGACCAAGACUAAGACAGGUAAGGGGGGAAUCACGCCCUCCAACCUGAACGAAAGCAUCGAGCUGCUCAAACUCGACUCCUCCAUCUCUGAAGGGAAGGGCAGCCUGGGCUCCUCCCAGCUGCAGGCUUUCACCCUGCAGAAGGCUGCUGCAGAUGGACUGAUGAGCCUGAUGCGGGACAUUGGGCGGGGCUAUGUGGCUCUCUGCUCUUACAACUGCAAAGAGGCCAUCAAUAUUUUGAGCCAGCUACCAACUCACCACUACAACACCGGCUGGGUCCUGAGCCAGAUUGGACGCGCACACUUCGAGCUGGCGGAGUACACGCAGGCGGAGCGGAUUUUCUCAGAGGUGCGGCGGAUUGAGAGCUACCGCGUGGAGGGCAUGGAGAUCUACUCCACCACUUUGUGGCACUUACAGAAGGAUGUGGCACUCUCUGCCCUGUCCAAAGACCUCACUGACAUGGACAAGAACUCACCUGAGCCUUGGUGUGUAGCGGGUAACUGUUUCAGUCUUCAGCGGGAACAUGACAUCGCCAUUAAGUUCUUCACGCGUGCGAUCCAGGUGGACCCCAGCUUUGCGUAUGCUUACACACUCCUGGGCCACGAGCUCGUGCUCACGGAAGAGCUGGAGAAAGCGCUGGGGUGCUUCCGUAACGCCAUCCGCCUCAACACACGCCACUACAAUGCCUGGUAUGGCUUAGGUAUGAUCUACUACAAGCAGGAGAAGUUCAACCUGGCAGAGAUCCACUUUAAGAAGGCCCUAAGCAUCAACCCUCAGAGUUCAGUGCUGUUGUGCCAUAUUGGAGUGGUUCAGCACGCACUUAAGAAAUCUGAUCACGCCUUGGAGACCCUGAACAGAGCAAUCAGCAUCGACCCCAAAAACCCACUAUGCAAAUUUCACAGGGCAUCCAUUCUCUUCGCGAAUGAGAAGUACAAGGCUGCCCUACAGGAACUGGAGGAGCUGAAGCAGAUUGUGCCCAAAGAGUCUCUUGUUUACUUUUUAAUAGGAAAGGUCUAUAAGAAGCUCGGUCAGACUCAUCUGGCACUCAUGAACUUCUCCUGGGCCAUGGACCUGGACCCCAAAGGGGCCAACAACCAGAUCAAAGAGGCCAUAGACAAAAGAUACCUCCCAGAUGACGAGGAGCCAGUCAUCCCUGAGGACUACCCCUACUAUUCAACAGCUGAGGAGUCGCAAGAGAGCAGCAUGACUGACGCAGACGAUACGCAGCUGCACACGGCCGAGAGCGAUGAGGUUCUGUAACCCUCGCACACCUCUGGACUCACUCGUACCCAUGCCAAUCUGGAGCCCCCCAACAAAAAGGCUCCUCUAUUACAAGAUGAAAAAAAAAGAGGAUGAUUAUGAUGAUGAUGAAAAAAGGAAUACAAACUGCUGCUAAUACAGUACCUCCUCGUUUCUCUCUUUUUUUUUUUUUAAGAAAAACAAAAAAAAACAAAAUCACAUCUUUGUUUUUUUAUGUUUGCGUUCUUCACCCUGUUGUCUCCUCUCCAUCAUGCCUUAGCAGUCAAAGAAAAUCCAGCUCCAAGUCUGAACGUUCAAUUUUUACAUUGUUUUACUCACGUUAACCCUGAAUAAAGGUCUCUAAGAGUCUUUAGUCCUGAGUCCUCUCCCUACUCUACUGUGCUGUAUGUGUGUGUGUGUGUGUGUGUGUGUAUGUGUGUGUGUGUAGGUGGGAGAGGAUAAACAAGCACAUAGUCGUUAAACUCUUCCUGAGAGAUGCUGGGACAUGUGUUCCGCUUCAUCUCAGGGCCAUACGCAGACUGAGAGGUCAGGGCAAGGAUUCACUGUACCUGGUUGUGAAUUCACAAAUGUUCAAACAAGUAGUCUUGGUUACCUAAAAGAAGUACAAUAAAGUGAAGUAUUUAACCAUGUUGUGUAUCAAAUGAGAUUUUUUUUUUUUGAAUUGAGGAACCAUUCAUCUAUCUUGCUCAAUUUGAUUUAUGUUGUCUACCCUGUUAUUGACCUGUUCUCUCAUUCAAAUUGAGAAUUUUGAAUUUUAAACCUAGCCUUCCCACCACAAUUGUCAGAUAAGUCCAUUUUAAUUAGUACUCCUAAAAACUUCUAGCAUGUUUCUAAAUAUUAUUUCUCCAGAUUGACAAAUACCUGAACAUAUAGGGGAUGAUCCAGUCAUCUGUAUAUUUUUGAAUAUUUGAUAAUCUGUGAAAGAAAAAGGCAGUACAGUAUUUGUGUUCAACUGUGUUGAAUUGUUUGUAACUCAUUUCAGGCCUUUGUGUUCCUGACCAACUAACUGAAAGUGAAACCCACGCCCACCUUACUCCUCAUGAACACUCAUUUUUCCUUCAACAAGGUGGAGGAAAGUAACAAAUGUUUCUGUAAACAAACCCUGGUACAUGGCAUAAGUAACCAGUGAUCUGAGAAAAGCAGAAAUGUCCAUUUUUACUGAACCAUGUGGUGCUGUAAAGCACAAUGUGAGAAAUCUUCUGACUUGUGCACACCAAGUUUUUUUUCCCCGCCCAAUGUUUUAUUUUGCAAGUGCAUUGAUGUCUUACUUUGAAAUUGUACUGUCUUAGGGGAUAUGCCUGUUAUUGUAUAUUUUACGGAUUUAAAAAAAAAUAUAUAUAGAAUAAAUUACUUUGAUCAAAGUUA